GCUUCGCUGCCGGCUUUGUACUGGCUAAGCUCGCACGUUGAGGCCCUUGUGAUCGCGUAAGAACGCGUGAGAGCAUCUCACCGAGCACCGCUGCCAGUCAACUCUGCCAGCCAACGCUGCCAGCCGGCCGCCACCGCGCUCACCAUCACACUAACCAGGGAGGACCGCCCGCGCCGCACACAAAUAAUGGCCGACGCCCCGCCGCCGAAGCGGAGCAAGUUCUCCGACGCACCGCCGCCGCAGGAGCCCGAUGAUUUGGUCUCGAGCUUCCUGAAAGAAAUAGCCGAAAAACCGGCACCGCCGAAGCCGCCGCUGCCCCCGGCUCAAAACAUGAAGCCGCCCCCCAAGAUCUACUUCGACGUUUUGAGAGGCGAAGGUGAUGAUGAAGGAGAGUUACUUGGGAGACUAGAUUUAUCUGGCGCCUCCCAAUUAACUUUUGGGAGAGACGCAUCGAGGGUCGACGUCCCGCUCGAGCACGGCUCCGUCUCGAGGCACCACGCGACGAUCACCUUCGACGCGGACGUGGCCUACAUCUCGGACAUUAAGUCGACGCACGGGACCUACGUUACUACACCAGAUGGCGGUGAGGAAAAGAUCUCCACUCUCACGCGCUUGGACGAAGGCGCCACAGUUAGGUUCGGCGAAUCAUCACGAAGAUAUGUGCUCAGGAGGUCCGCCCAAGGGACGACGCGGGCCGUACAACAGCAGCAACCAGUAAUGCAGGAAGUGACGGUCAUACUCCAAGUGCCCUCAGCAACUUCUGGCCGGUUGACGGGCCAGAAGGGCCGUGCGUUGGAACAAGUGAGGUACCGGACGGGUGCUACGAUGAGGGUUUUACCACCACCGGCCGAGGACAAGGACGAUGGUUUGAGGGGCGUCGAGAUCAAGGGUCCGGUGGAUGCGGUGGCCGCCGCUAGAUUGGAGCUCCUGGCGAUCACGCAGUGCCGGGGAACCCCAGCACCCUUGGGCGGGGACGGCCAGCGCUUCCGCUACGCGUCUACGGUCGUCAGCGCGCGCGGCGACGACGACGACUUGUACGACGGGGGCCAGUUCGGGAAACCUGGGAAGAUCUAAUUUUACAGUCACACACA